AUGGGUAUCUUCGAACAUGUGCAGGAUGUUAUCGGUCAACUUCCGGUCCUCAAAAGUUACAGUCAUAUGUCGAUAUGUUUCCCUGUUCAGGAUGAUAAGCGCGAAGCCGCCAUUCAGGAUAUCGAGCGCGCUGUUCGCCUCGUGAUGAAGACAUUUCCGUAUCUGUCUGGGAAAGUCAUCAAUGAGGGAAGGGGUGCUGGAACUUCCGGGACUUUCAAGGUCACAAGCUGCGAAAAAUGGGAAUCUGAGGACCACGUCUUCGUACGCGUCCAAGAUCGCACCACCGAAUGUCCUUCAUAUGACGAGCUAUGCGCCGCCCGGGGGCCGUCAUCCAUGUUGCCAGGGCACCUGUUGAGCUCACGAGUGGCGUUUCCGGAAGCCUACCAGGACACAGAGGAGGACCCGGCUCCUGUUCUAGAUUUCCAGGCAAAUAUUGUUCGCGGCGGAUUGUUGCUGGAUGUGGCUGCGCAGCACAAUAUCAUUGACGGGACGGGGAUUUUCCAAAUCAUAAACUUGUUGGCCACCGCUUUGCGUGGGGAUCAAUUCCCUCUCUUUCAGCUCCACGAAGGGAACCGCGAUCGUCGUUCUUUGAUUCGAUUGCUCGGCGCAGAUGAGCCCCUGCUCGAUCAUAGAGAGCUUAAACCGCCUGUCAUCAUGAAGGCACCCCCACCAUCGGAUGUACUAGCCCCUUACAAAUGGAGGUACUAUUCCUUCCCAGUGGGCUCGGUGAAUAAGAUCAGAGCUCUGGCAAACAGUAAACCAGAAGAUUUCGAUCCCUCUACGGAGUCCCUCUCUUUAAAUGAUGCUGUCACUGCGUUCUGCUGGCAACGGAUCACGAUCAUCCGUCUGAAGAAACUCCAAACUCCCACCGCAAUCUCGAAGCUUAGCCGAGCCGUCGACUUCCGUCGUAUCAUGAGACUCACUCCGGCCUACUUAGGCCAUAUGGUCCGCGUCUGCAAUACGCGCCUUACUUUCGAAGACAUCGUCGAAAGCUCCCUCUCGCGGCUUGCUUCGCUCCUCCGCAAAGACGUACAGGAAAUCAGCAAUGAAUAUGCCCUCCGUAGCUAUGUCACAUUCAUCGCGAACGAGCCGGAUAAAUCGGAUAUCGCCUAUGGCGGGUCAUUCAACCCGCAGACGGACUUUUCCUGCUCAUCUAUUGCGCAUGUUAAGGCUCCAGAUUUCGGGCCGCUCGGGCAGCCUGGACUGAUGAGGAGACCGACAUUCCAGCCUUUGCCUUGUUCGUCGUAUAUUGCUCCGAUGUUGCAUGGAGAGGGUAUAGAGGGCCUUUUUUGUCUGCAUGAGAGUGAAAUUGAGGCUUUGGCAGAGGAUGAGAUGUGGAAGGAGUUGGUUGAGUAUAUUGGAUAG